UGAACCCAAGACAAGUAUAGUCAGGCUAUGUCCAGGCCUCUUUCUCAGCUUUUACCUCCUCCAGAUCUUCCCUCUGGAGGUAGUGCACAGUUUGGCCCUACUACUACAGCAGCCAACGGGCACCUGGGCUCAGUGGCCAGUCUCAAGUCUCUUCUCCAGCUUCCCAUUAAAGGAGACAGCAGAGGGAAAGACUGCUGUGAGAUGAUCGAUCAAGACAAACCGUUGGACUCUGAUGAGGACUCACUAGGUGGAAUUGGCACUGGGGCCAAUGGCUCUAUGCGCAGCUCGUCCCAGACGGCUUUCCUGGGUCCACUGCUGUGGGAACGCACUCUACCAUGUGACGGUGGUUUAUUCCAGCGGCAGUUCAUGGACUUGGAGGAGUUCUUGACGGAGAACGGCAUGGGGUGCAUGCCACUGGGCAACACCUCCAGUGCUCAGGCCCUCAUCCCUUCGCAGAGCAUGCAAUCAGCCAUUCCAAGCCAGAGCUCCUCACCGUCUCCCAGAUCCUCCUCAGCCUCCUCCAUCUCUUCCCUCUCAUCUUCGUCGUCUUCGUCCUCCCUUCUGGGACUAGACGUGCCACAGGUCCCAACCCCAGGGAUGCUGGGAAGUCCUGAGUGUCUGCAUGGUGGACAGGCCAUGCAGCAGGACCCAUCUCCCAGCUCCUCCUGCCCACCUCCACCAGUGCCCAGCUCAGGUGCCCCUGCGGCUGAUGUCAUGGUGAACUUUGACCCUGACCCUGCUGACCUGGCACUGUCCAGUGUACCAGGCCAGGAAGCGUUCGACCCACGGCGACAUCGCUUUUCUGAGGAGGAACUCAAGCCUCAGCCUAUGAUCAAGAAGGCUCGCAAAAUGUUGGUGCCUGACGAGCAGAAGGAUGAAAAGUACUGGAACCGACGUGUAAAGAACAACGAGGCGGCGAAGCGGUCACGUGAUGCACGGCGCCUUAAGGAGAACCAGAUAUCCGUCCGUGCUGCUUUCCUCGAGCGAGAGAAUGCGGCACUCCGACAGGAAGUGGCUGAUAUGCGCAAAGAGCUUGGCCGCUGUCGCAACAUCAUCAACAAAUAUGAGAAUCGCCAUGGAGACUUAUGAAGAGGAGAAUUAAAGAGAAAAAGAAGAAGCAGCACGAUCUCUUGAAAAGGCAGUUUAAGGGCAGGGCUGUUAAACCACAAUCAAAAAUUUAGCGGAUGUUUUCCUAAACAUGCACUACAGGUCAUGUUUCUUUAAACGUGUGGCAUUGUGCAUGGCUGCAGCAAAUAGUUGCUAACAGCUCAGUAAUCCUAGUGAAAGGGAAUGCUCAGAAAGUCUAUAAGAAACACUGUUCACUUUCAUAUUGUUCUUUUUCGGCUGUAAUACUACGCAAAACCCUAACGUUUGCCAUUUUAAGCUUGUGUACGUUUUUACAGGAAGUCGUCGACUCGAUAUACAGUGUUGCUAAGACUUUACGGGCAUUUCUUAUUCUUGUUAUUUCUUUCUUAGAAGAUUAUGCAGAUGAUGCUGGCGAUAUUUUCUAUGACAAAAAAAAGACCUUGUAUAUUUUUGACACAGCAAAGGACAAUUAACACAGAAUAGAAGAAAGGGGAGCAGAGGAUAAGAUGGCACAAAGAUUUAAGCAGGAAAAUUGUAUAUUUUUAUACUUACAGGUGCAGACAGGUAAAGAAAUUUUGGAA